CAUUAUUGUUACUAUCGUUUUUACUUUGAUUUGAGUUUGUUUAUACGAAGGAUUUAUUUGAGUCACCAUAUUCCGUGUGAAUGUGCGUGGGAGCGUCGACGCGCGAAUGGCAACUCCGGUCAGAAGAGAAUAAUUUAUGUGUGCAAGUGGAGAAGCAAAUAUAUUAUUCGUGUAAAAUCUUGUGCAAUUUAAUAAAUUAAUUGUGAUAAGUUGGAUAAACAAAUAUUCGCAGGUGUGUGUUCUAUUUGGUCGAGCUCAAAGAGCGCAUGCAUUACAAUACGCGGCAACGAGUAGCAUCGCGGUAGCAAGUAGCAUCGCGUCAUUGCUGUACUAAAAACUAAAAAUUGCCGUAUUCGUAUUCCGCCAUUUUGAAAGCUGCGAGUGGAAUUUGGACGCGUUGCUGGAUUUCAAUUGCUCGAUUUCAAUAUGAAGCGCCAAAAAUGAUUGCAGCACCGUUUGCAUCGUCUUCGUCUUGAAAAAGGUUUUUUUCCCAUUGAUUUAAUUAAAGCCAUCGAAAGCGUGCGGUCGAAAGGGGACCAACCAAGACAUAGCAAGAACGCGAGUCCACAAACCAUAAGAAGGACAGACUCCCAGUCUAAGAGUAUUCCAAUUGCGCCCAGCGCCUGCCCUCUCCUAAAACGGAAAACACAGAGGAAACAAUCAAAAGGAUACAGCAACGGAUAGCAGUGACACAGCAGCAGCAACAGCAGCAGCAGCAGUGCCAGGUGCCAGUGCCAGUGACAGUGAAGGACAGAAGUACGAAAACAACAAAAUGGACAAGAAUCUGAUGAUGCCGAAGCGCUCGCGCAUUGACGUUAAAGGCACCUUCGCCAACGGGCCACUGCAGGCGCGUCCGCUGGUGGCCCUGCUGGAUGGCCGGGACUGUUCGAUCGAGAUGCCCAUACUGAAGGAUGUGGCCACGGUUGCCUUCUGCGAUGCACAAAGCACCUCCGAAAUACACGAGAAGGUGCUCAACGAGGCAGUCGGGGCACUGAUGUGGCACACCAUCAUCUUGACAAAGGAGGAUCUUGAGAAGUUCAAAGCUUUACGCAUCAUCGUGCGCAUCGGCAGCGGCACAGACAACAUCGAUGUGAAGGCAGCGGGCGAACUGGGCAUCGCCGUGUGCAACGUUCCCGGCUACGGUGUCGAGGAGGUGGCCGACACAACGAUGUGCCUGAUCCUGAACCUAUACCGGCGCACAUACUGGCUGGCGAAUAUGGUGCGCGAAGGCAAAAAGUUCACGGGCCCCGAGCAAGUCCGGGAGGCAGCACAUGGCUGUGCCCGCAUACGCGGCGAUACCUUAGGCCUAGUCGGACUGGGUCGCAUUGGCAGCGCCGUGGCCUUGAGAGCAAAAGCAUUUGGCUUCAAUGUCAUCUUCUACGAUCCCUACCUACCCGACGGCAUUGAUAAGUCACUGGGCCUCACACGCGUCUACACGCUGCAGGAUCUGCUAUUCCAGUCCGACUGCGUCUCACUGCAUUGCACGCUCAACGAGCACAAUCAUCAUUUAAUCAAUGAAUUCACAAUUAAACAGAUGCGACCUGGUGCAUUUCUGGUGAACACCGCCCGCGGCGGUCUGGUCGAUGACGAGACAUUGGCGUUGGCGCUGAAACAGGGACGGAUAAGAGCUGCCGCAUUGGAUGUGCACGAAAACGAACCUUACAAUGUAUUUCAAGGCGCCCUCAAGGAUGCCCCCAAUCUGAUUUGCACACCGCACGCCGCCUUCUUCAGCGACGCGUCCGCCACGGAGCUGCGCGAAAUGGCAGCCACUGAGAUCCGGCGAGCAAUCGUCGGCAAUAUUCCAGACGUGCUGAGGAAUUGUGUCAACAAGGAGUACUUCAUGCGCACGCCGCCCACCGCUGCGGCCGGUGGCGUUGCGGCGGCUGUUUAUCCCGAAGGAUUAAAUGGCGGCUAUUAUACAGGCGCACUGCAUCAUCGGGCACACAGCACCACACCGCACGAUGGUCCCCACAGUACAACAAACCUUGGCAGCAGCAGCAGCGGCAGCUCUGCUAUGGCUCAGCCUCCGCCGCCCAACUCCGUAGCCGCUGCUGCGGCCGCACUCCUGCCGUCGCCGGUGCCGCCCACCGCAGUGCCCACGGUGCCGCACUUGUCGCCGCAAGUUGGUGGACUGCCGCUCGGAAUUGUGAGUAGCCAAUCGCCCCUGAGUGCGCCCGACCCUAGUAAUCAUGUGUUAUCGAGCAUAAAAGCGGAGGUUAAGGCCGAGUCAACGGAGACGCCGUAGGCUGCUGCCGGUGCAUCGCAGCUGGAGCCGAGAGCUGGAGUGACAACGGGCAGGUGGUGCCUGGAUAUCGCCCCAGCGAGACGAGACACACACACAAAAGCUUGGCCAGAAGACGGAUAACCAACCAACCCUCUAUACAUUUCACUAAGGACACGCCGGCAGUCGGUGGUGUGUGUCGUUCAGUGUGAAAACUCUUCGCCCUUCUGUCCUGAUGCUGCUGCUGCUGCCUGUCUGUCUGCUCGACGAUUCCAGGCGCACCUGCGCCAGCGCUUGAUUUGAAUUUUUCCAAGUUUCUAUGUUACAUAUUUUAUUUAAAGUACGAUACACAUUUGCAUUACCAACAACCCAGAACCCAAAAACCCAAACACCACACACCACACAACAGAGUAAGAAAUCGGCUGCGGAAGGAAACGAAACGAUGCAAAGCGAAGCGAAGCGAAAGGAUGAGAGACAACACCACACCACACGCCUCAAAAU